AUGCCUCGUCUUUCGUACGUUAUCCUCGCGCUCGUCGCUCUCGCUUCAGCAUCCGAACCUUCAAAGCCGCGUCUUAUAGACUUCAAUCCCUGGUCAUGGAUCCCAAACAAUCGAAACAAGUCGCCAUCAAUCAUGGAUUAUUUUUUCCCGCCAUCCAGAACCCCAAAGCAAUCUAACUUAGACCCUCCGGCGGACAGACAGCCUCCCACAGUACAAACUACCAUGGAUGACGCUGCAACCAUGACAACUCUUAAUGAGCGUCCGACUACUAUGGCAAGAAAAUCCCACAAUAAAAUUAAAACCACUAUUCCAGCUCCUCGUCCUACAGCCACUGCUUUACCAAAAAUAAAAAAGACUUCCCACAAGACUGUCCCUACUGAGACAACUGUUGAAACAAAAGUCACCCAAACAAUUAAAUAUGAAUCGCAAACUACUAAGGUACCGGUAACUUCGCGGCCAACAAAACAUUACUCCAUCCGUCCAUUGCGCACCACUGAGAUACCAUUUGUUCAGGAAACUGCCUCUACUAUGAACUUGAACAGCGAUAUUACUGAAACUAUUGCCGUUGAAACACUGGGAACUACCAAUGAGAUUGUGAAGGAAACUGUUGUGCCGACUCUGAGUACAGAUCAGCAUUCAACAGAAGGAUCUUCAACAAUAACCAUGGACUCCACGACGUUUAUUGACAGCACCACUGAACCAGCAGAUAGCCGCGAAGGAUACCUUCCGUUGAGAGACAAGCCUCAACAGACCCACGUAAAGAUCAAUGACCAGACUAAAAAAGAGACUGUUCCAUUACCAGCCGGCUCGACAUCUGUACUGGCGAAACCGACGAAGUACCACUACUAUCCUCACAAUCAACACAUUUAUUUGCUGCCUGAAUGUGCCAUUCAACAGGUGUGUAAUGCAGUUUAUGUUCGUCUGAAUUACACUCAACCACUGUGCGCCUGUCCGGCGAGAUACCGGGACCCAUGCUCGGCAAGCCUCAACGCCGACGACCUGCAUACUACGCGUCUUACCACAGAUUCAAAAAAGAAGUACGCGAAGAAAGCAGUAACAUUGGUAAAGACAUGUGAAGCCGUUUCCGAGAUGAGAGAGUGCCGAGCCCCUCGGGAUUGGUCAUUACUUGCCUUGCAAAACAUAAGGACUGGAAAAUCACACUAUUUAGUUAUAUGCCGCUGUCCGGAUACUCACAUUCUUGAAGGACCAAUGUCACACGACCAGCCAACUUACGCUUCUGUGCCUGGCAUCAGAGUUUAUGGAAUGAUGUGUGUACGGCCUAACACUAUCUACCAUUCAGGCUUCACAAAUAGAUUCCCAAGCGGAGUGUCAAGUACUCCAAGCACAUACAAAGUGGACUAUUCUCAACAGCACUCCUACGAUAAACCUGUUUACAAUCGUUUCCAAACUCACAGUUAUCUCGACUCAAAUUACUACAACAGGCGAACUCGUUCGUCACGUAUGAGACGAGACACAGAAUACCCCCCUUUCCCAUGGUACAAAGUUAUAGAACUAGCUCGAUCAUUACAUUGGAUCAAUUAAGAGAAACUAUUGUUUAGAAAAGGUAUGUUGGGUUCAAAGUAGGCCUUGUAUUGUGUAAGUGAAUUCCGCCUCAUUGAAUUCAACGACAACUAUAGUUAAAUAGCUGUUCUAUCUCAAGAGGGUGACUGAUGUGAAUAUAAUGGACUGUAUUCAGUUCAAGAUAAAAAUCAAAUUCAUAUAUACCCCUUGAUAUCUGUUCUAAUUGAAUGGCUGAUGACUUUGAG